GGAACCAUCCCUUUAAGGUGACGUCAGGAUGCUACCUUCGUAAUUUCCGCUGUGUGUACGUGCGGCGGCCAUAUUACACUUCCGUUCUUCAAGGGUAUCUGAAGGCACCGGGCUAGACAACAUGUAUCGGUUUGCUAAAGCUGCAGUCAACAUCACCGGUCAGGCCGCGAGGCAGGUGAGGCAUGGAUCCACCGCCGCCCCGAACUUCCACUCCAAGUACGGCACUGGCCUGAUGGUUGGUGGAGCUGCCUUCUGCGUGGGUGUGUGGUCAUAUGUGCUGACUCAGACUGGCAUCACCUGGAAUCUGUCACCAGUUGGGAAGGUCACACCCAAACCCUGGAGAGAGGCCGAGGAGUGAAGAGCUGCGAUGACUGCAUCCCACCUAAUAAACCUUCUGGUUGUACAGAUGAUGAACAACAGUGAAUGCCUGUGUUUAUUCCAACAUGUUAUUUUGUCCAAAUAAAUUAAAUGUGAUUCUACUGA